GGGCGGGCCGGGCCGGGCAGAAGUGUUCAAAAAGCGCCCAGCCACCGCCCAGCAGCUAGCGGAGCGGCGGGCGGAACACUGGCCAGAAUUUUCAUGUUAAACAUUUAACAUUGGAGAUUCAGUCUUCAGACCAAAGAGUUACGGAAAAUGGCAGACGGUUUUUCGCUUAAUGAUGCCUUAGCUGGCUCUGGAAACCCAAACCCUCAAGGAUGGCCUGGUGCAUGGGGGAACCAACCUGGGGCAGGGGGCUACCCAGGGGCUUCCUAUCCUGGGGCCUACCCCGGACAGGCUCCUCCAGGGGCUUAUCCUGGGCAGGCUCCUCCUGGUGCCUACCCUGGCCCAACUGCCCCUGGAGCUUACCCUGGACCUGCCCCAGGAGCUUACCCAGGGCAACCUGGAGCAUCUGGGGCCUACCCCAGUGCUCCUGGAGCCUAUCCUGCUGCUGGCCCCUAUGGCGCCCCUACCGGAGCAUUGACAGUGCCCUAUAAGCUGCCCUUGGCUGGAGGAGUCAUGCCUCGAAUGCUGAUCACAAUCAUGGGCACAGUGAAGCCCAAUGCAAACAGGAUUAUUCUAAAUUUCUUGAGAGGGAACGACAUAGCCUUCCACUUUAACCCUCGCUUCAAUGAAAACAACAGGAGAGUCAUUGUGUGCAACACCAAACAGGAUAAUAACUGGGGAAGAGAAGAAAGGCAAUCAGCUUUCCCAUUCGAAAGUGGCAGACCGUUCAAAAUACAAGUCCUGGUUGAAGCUGACCAUUUCAAGGUUGCAGUCAACGAUGCUCACUUGCUGCAGUACAACCAUCGGAUGAAAAACCUCAGGGAAAUCAACCAGAUGGAAAUUUCUGGUGAUAUAACCCUUACCAGUGCUGCACCCACCAUGAUCUAACCCGGAAGGGCAGCGCUUGAAACUGAAGUUCAAUGGUACUCAUUUAAAGGCUCCGUGCUCAUUCGGAGUGGAAAACUACAUGUAUUCCAUCUUACCCUUCUUGUAAGGCAUGCACUUAAUAAAUAUGCCCGUGCUGACGGGUACCUGGUUGUUUUCUGA